AUGCCUGUACCAUUCGCACGAACAGUGCCGGCGGGCACAAUGACAAGGCCUCUCUGUUUGAGAACUCAGAUCCACCGAAGUCGUCGUGUCAUUUCAGUCCAGGCGCGGACAAUCUGGUGGUGGGGACGUCAGAUGAGCAAUCCAACCGAAGACGUCGAAGAACGCACGAGGAGGCAUCAGAAGAUGAUGAGGUCGAGAUACUAUAAGCUUGCUCGAAGAAGAGCCAUGUGGGAGUCGGAAGAAAGCUCCAUGCGGCCGUGGCGUUUCAACGGGCUUUGGGCAACCCGGUAUUGCGACUACAAGCCAGUUACAUCAACAAGUGCCUCGAACCGAGACACGAAAGAGACUGCCAAUGAACAAAAUCCUGAGAGUCACUUCAAGACAGUAUACAACGACUUUGAGUCUUUUCGAGCAGCUGUUGACCGUGCAGUCGCGCGGGAUCCUUAUGGGACCCUGUUUGGAAGACGCCUGCAGAGUCCCCCAUCGUCGAAUAACUCAUCGUGGACGUCGUUCUCUUGGUUCACGGACCCCAAAGAGAUCAAAGAUGAUGCAGAUGUGUCGCCCAAGCAGUCCAAGCCAGCCGAGACCACAGACACGUCGCCCGAAAAGCCAAUCGCAGCUACCUCCACGAAUCCCGCACAUCAGAUUCCGAAAGAGACCACCGUGACUUAUAGUGAGGAGGAAUAUGAAUACGACCCAAUCACUAUGAGAAAGGUACCAACGAGGAAGCACACGUCGGAGACUGAGCUGAACGUGCAAAACUCCGGGCCAAAGCUGCCAUUUCUCCAGAGCAUGUUCUUUCAAGAGCAUGGAGUUGAUAUACCCGUUAAGACCUUCAAACCCCAUAAAGUGUACGGCUAUGGUAGUGCGGAUAGCAAUAUCACUGAAAUCCCUGCGGAAACAGAGUCAAGCCAAACGCAAAGAGAGUUUGGUAGUUCUAGGAAGCAACAAUUGCGAGACUUGAUGGCGCGGGCCAAAGGGAACACCAUCGACACGACUGCCUUGUUUACUGAUGUCGGCUCGCGAAAUGAGCCUGAGCCCCUGGCUGGGCCCUCUACUGACGGGACUAGAGCACCAAAGAAACCCCGGGAGUCACCCGAGCCUGACGACACGCUUCCACUCUUCUCGGGCACGACUUAUGAAGCCAGAGCCAUCAAAGAAGCGUGGGCUACUCCUUCAGAUUGGCUAGCCAAGGAAGGUUUCAGGCAGCCGGCUAAUGACCCUCUGAACUCGGGAUCGACAGGAGACCCUGCAGUCGUUGGUUCCUCCAAGGAAUCAAAUCCUAGGCUUCAGACGGCGCUCGACCGAGCCGAAGAGCGAACGGUUCGAGCCGACGACAUGUCGGCCAGAUUGCAAACUGCUCUCGAUCGUCAAUCGUCCGCUUUCAGACGGCAAUUGCCUUCGACGGAGGAAAGUACCGCUGUAGACGGAGCGACGGCCAUGCCGGAGACCGGUGAGCCAAAGAAGAUCAAAUCAUCAAGCCUCGAGGCAGAGUCCGACGCGGGACAUAACAAAACAGCCGACGAGACGAACCCUGUAAAUGAAACCUCGAAGACUCAAAUCUCGACGACGAAAUUGACCAAGACUAUCAACAAUGUUCUUCAACAUAUACAGGAGCACCCCAACGGCAUCGUCGCCAAAACGAUGAAAUCCAUGACCAAUUUCAACGAGAACUACAAGAAGUAUAUUCGUCCUGAUGCAGUGAAAGGUUUGACCGAAAAGCUCAUCUUCAGAGACGAGUCCUUGAGCAAGACCCCGUCCAUCUACAAGCGAGAUGCGAAAAGCAUCGACGUGCAGCCGUUCACUCCCUCGCAUGACGCGCUCGAGGCCGAUAGAGAGCAACGGGAGCGCACAGCUAGUUUGCGGAAGGCGGCUCAAAAGGCAAAAAGCGACGCAGAAGUCCAGAAUGCUCAGAUCUCGCUGCUGGCGACGGAGAUAAAGGCUGCUUAUGAGAGCGAGUAUGGCACGAUAGACCCCAAUCACAGGCAGCCCGCAUCGUGCCCGGCGUUGGAACCCAGCAAAGUGGUAGAUGCAUCGUCUACCCCCAUAUCGAGCCAACUUGAUGGAUCCAAGGCCCAUCCGCUUUCGACUGCGAGCGUAAAGCCCGGCGUCGGAACGAAUCCAGUCAUUGAUGAGCAUAUCAAUAAAUUCGAGCCCAAGCUUGCCGAGCUUGUGGACGGCGCCAAACAGAUCCGUGCUCAGCUUCGUGAAAUCAGCAUCGAGAUCCAAGAGCUUGGGAAGCCACCGCCUCUUCCGAAAUUGAGCGAAGUUAUCCAAGCAACAAAAGAGGUGAGAAGAGUUCUACACGAGACCAAGAACGCCAUAAGAUCCAUCGAAACAAGAAGACCGGACAUUGCGUGGAAGACCCCCCAGCUGUCGGGAUCGGACUUUGGCAAAAAGAGGAUUGACGUUCAAGCCCAAAAGGCUCCUGAAACCGACACAUCAGACGCGGCUAAUGUGAAAGAUACGGAGGUCGUGCCGGGCAUCCACACGCCGUCGCAGAUCCCGGAAGAGAAGGGUCAGAAGAUCGUACCUGAGCCGGUCCACACCCCAUCAGGAUCGUCGACGUGGAACGACGAGCAGAUCCCGCCGAUUGAAAGCCUCCGAGACAUCCAAUUCGAUUCACCGUAUCUUGUUCUUACAUACAAUUCUUCGACCGGUAAGGUCAAUUUCUCAACACUGAAUCAGCCAGCUACGGACACCACCAAGCCCAGUAAUAUGGUUCAGAUCCUAGGGAGACUGGAGAAUGCGCCCGAGUUUCUCAAGCACUUCGAAGCCAUGCAAAGAGUGGGAUACUCGUUGUAUGAUGGAAAGGAAAACACACUGGUCUUCCGAAAGGAGCAGCCAGAACCGGCUACAACUUCAACUGUGCCCGAUACAAUCGGAGACGUGCAAUCGGUGUCAGGUCAAGCACCGCCAGCAGUAUCCCCGGAAGUACCUCCCACUCAAUCCCUCCACAAGGCUGCCACGGUCCUUGAUGAGAUGCCUUCUGAUUUAGACCCAUCUCCAGGUCCAGCAGCACCGACAGCGCCUGUGGCUCGUCCGUUGCAAAGCAAGCCGAGGGUGAGAAGGCAGGAGAAGGUGUUCUCUGGCACAAUUCGUCCGGGUGCGACAUCGGACGAAAAGCCUAAUACGUCUCAACCUGACAAUGACACUUCCCCCGCACCGACGGAGAGCUUGUGGAGGCGGCUUGCACGUAGCAUGAGGCGAACUAUUCUGACCAUCGCAGCUCUUGGAGUGGGUGCCUAUACUAUCGGGUUUGUUGCAGAAGGACUGGGUGCCCACUCACAGCAGCAGAAGGGAGUCGAGGAUGCAGAAGCCCCGGGCCCGAGAAAGAGGAUUGUCAUGACGGGUCAACGACCAGGUAUCUUUAGCACUGAGAGCUCGAGAUGA